AUGCCCGGGAUGCGGAGCAAGCUGUAUGAUGUCGGUCUCCUUCUUUCGCUGACUGCUGCCGUGUGGGCGACAGACUGCGUCACCGAGACCGGGGUAUGUUACCAAGGUUCGAACCUCGCCAUCACUCUUGAUCAAAACUCUAUUGCUGAAGGAUGCCAGGAGGUCGGCGGCGCGGUGGACUGUUGUGAUCUGUGUGCCCAGUACUGGCCGCAGUGCCUGUCCUGGCAGUUCAUUCAAGAGGGCAAUGCAGCUGCUGGCUAUGCGGGUAUGGCUUUCUACUGCUGCUUGAAGGGCAGCUUUCGCCCUGACCCUGUGGACGCCGCAUAUUGCUCAUCCGGCUACUUCAAUCCCAGUUGCACCUUGACAGCCGCAUGUAGCUUUGAGAUGACUGGCACUGGCUUCAAUGAGAAUUCCAGUGUCGUGGCUCUAGAUGCAUCCUCGAAUGCCUGUGGCAGCGGAACUGCGGCAGAAGCGUGGCCAGGCGUCACAAACCCUCAGGUUGCCACCAGUGCAGUAGAUCCGACUGCAGUGUUCGACCUUGGUACUGCAUCCGGCGGAUCUCCUGGUGAUUUCAAGCUGUGUUACUCCUCAGCAGAUUCAGAAGACCCUACAGACUAUACGACCGAGGUCGGCAACUUCACCAUGAAAGGGCCUACAAGUGGCCAAAGCUUCACAUGCACCCUGGGAGCCGACUGCACGCUCGUGCUGGCCGGCCACAGCCAGUCUGCAACCGGCGCAGCCUACAAGGUCCUGGUGAUCGAAGGUUCAACUUGUGGUGCUGGAGCAGUAGCUGCAACAUUCACUGGUACAUUCGAGAACCCUCGCAUUGUGUGGGAUAACGAGGAUGACAAUUAUUACGAGAUGAAAAUUGCCAGGACUGGGGACACGACAGCAAGCUACUCUUUGUGCUGGGCUUCCAGUCCUGCGACUGUUGACGACUACGUCUUUCUGGUAGGCAGCUUUGUCAUGACAGGGCCAACGUUUGGAAUGACACAUGUUUGUACCAUGGGCAAGGCGUGUGCGGUGAGUCUGCAGGGACAAGGCCUUGCCCAAACCAACGCGGUCCUGGCUUCCGUCGGAACGUACGAUGCCACCUUUGGCAGCAUUUGCAGGGCUCUUGAUGACUCGCUGGUAGCAUCUUUCGGAGCAAGUUUCGUGCAUCCAGUGAAGGCUGAUCAGAGCUCACCCUUUGCGGACUAUGCUUUUGGCACUCCGCUCAGUGCCCACAAUAACCAGCCCGGAAGCGGAUAUCGACUUUGCUGGGCCCGUGCUCCAACCCAGACACCGCCUGCCAAGACAAACGGAGACUAUUUGAUCGAUGCCGGUCUGUUCACUUUGCACGGGCCGGUUCAGAGCAAUCACAACUGCGUGCUGACCUCGUCCUGUUCGAUUACCCUUACUGGUUCUGGAUUCGACUUGGGCGCUCAUGGCCUACUUAUCCUGGAAAGUGGUGCAUCCUGCACCGACAGCAGUGCUUUGCUUGCAAAUGCCUCGCAGCAGACAUGGGCAAACCCAGCUGCAGCUGCCACAGAUACUUUCUCGUUUGGCAUUGCCGCAGAAGGGAUACCCAGCACAAGCUACGUUCUUUGCUGGGCUUUUCAGCCGGCCAUUCAGGCAGACUACAAUGUUUACGUUGGCACUUUCCAGCUGGGAGGGCCUGACCUUCUGUCUGGAUCCGUAUGCAUUAAGGGUGAAGAAUGCAUCCUUACUCUGACGGGUGUAGCUUUUGCAAGCACGAACAAACUGCUCGUCAUCGCACCUGGUAGCACCUGCGGCUCCGGUGCAGUUCCGGCCACAUUCAGCCCCAUGGAGGUCGAGAAAUUGGUUCAAGACGGAACCUUCACCGAGUACAGGCUGGGACGACCGAACACAGGAACUGCCCAAGCUGGCUACACAUUAUGCUGGUCAGAUAGUCCGAGUGUUACAUCCGACUUCAUGUUCACCCUCGGAGACUUUACAGUGACAGGUCCCAACGUGCAAGACGUAGCCUGCACUUUUGGAUUGUCAUGCGUUAUUUCGCUCAUUGGCUUGGACCUGGCAAGCACCAACAAGAUCAUAGUACUGUCUGCCGGAAACUGUGGUGACAAUGGCCCGACUCUAGCAUCCAUUACAGGAAUGCUUUCGACAAUCGCUGUCGAAUCACAGUCGCCCUAUGUCAGUUAUGACUUGAACACACCCUUGUCUGGUCAGCCACGUACAGACUAUACCCUUUGCUGGUCGCAUUCACCUGGGGAUGGCGCCGCGUCCUUAUACAAGGCGCCGAUUGGCUACUUGACAGUAAAUGGACCAGCGCAGGUGGCACAGCACUGCAUAUUGGGCACGGACUGUGACAUCACUUUGGCUGGUGUCGGCUUAGCCGCUACAAACCAAGUCCUCAUCAUUGAUGCCGACAGCUCGUGCGGGGAUUCUAGCCCAACGGUGGCGGCUUUCGACGGCUUGACGAACCCGGCAAGUCCUGAGACAGGCAACCCGGCCCUGUACAAGCUCGGCAUUGCACGGACUACGUCGGAUGGGCCAGGUAGUGGCUACACGAUUUGCUGGGGUAGCAACCCGAGCAGCAAUGAGAAUUUCAACAUCCAGCUUGGGACGUUCUCGAUUGAUGGGCCUGAUCGCGAGACCUCUCUGCUCUACUGCACUUUGGGCUGGUCAUGUUCUAUUCAGGUAACCGGAGUAAACCUGGCAGCUACAAACAAGAUCACCGUUACCACAUUGAGCGAUGUUUGUGGCCAGGCCAACUUGAAUCUGGUGUACUUCGAUGAUGCGGUGAAUCCAGUCAAUGCAUCCGGCAAUGACUUUGACACCUUUGACCUCGGUGUUCCGACGGGAGGGUAUCCUGGUGAUUACAAGGUAUGCUGGGGUUAUGCUCCAACGCAAGAAUCUGACUACCACGUGCCUGUCGCCACUUUGCGCAUGGGCGGACCCGUCCCGCAGGAUAAUGAGUGCACUCUAAGUGAGCCGUGCAAGAUCACAGUGGCAGGUGUCCGCCUAGGACAUGCGAGCAGGCUGCUGUUCAUCUCGCAGAAUAGUAGGUGUGGUGAUACAUCGCCCACAGUCAUCACUUGGUCAGGUAUCAACAACCCGGCUUCAACUGACCUUAUGGUGCCGCCUGCAAACCCGGGUUAUGUGUACAGUGAUGGUGAUCGCUACGAUGGUGGUCUUGGAUUCUCAGGAGAGCCAGGCUUGUAUAGGAUCUGCUGGGGAUUUGACCCCUUCAAUGGCUACCCAGACUAUAAAGUCACUCUUGGAAACUUUGUCAUGAAUGGUCCUGUGCAGGGCAUGGACAUUGCUUGUACCCUCGGCAAGACCUGCGUCGUUGAGCCGACCGGCGUGGGGCUGAAUGCAACAAACCAGAUUGAAGUCGUCUCCAAUGCUGGACUUUGUGGGUCCACCGAGGCAGUUGUUGCCACUAUUCCUGGACUCUCCAGUCCAGCUUAUGUCACAGAUGGAUCAUAUGCGUUGGGCUCCGCAGUCCAAGGUGGGAGCUACGCGCUGUGCCGUGUGCCCACUCCAGCCGAGAGCUGCAUCGGAACGCACUACCGCAUAUGCUGGGCCCACGGCGUGCAUGCUGGUGGCGCGAACUUUGUUGUCGAGCUUGGGAUAUUCAGCUUGAGUGGUCCGUACGGCACUUAUCGAGUUGACUGCAGUAUGGGCUCGGUUUGUAGCUUUAUACUUUAUGGCUCUAGAUUUACUCUCACCAACAGGAUCCUUCUCAUUGAGCAAAGUGGUUCCUGCGGCGACUCAACUCCUGUGGUCGCUUCCUUUGCUGGCCUCAUGAACCCAGGGCUCUUCAGCAAGAUUGCAGCUGAUGGCUCCUCUGCGACAGUCCGACUGGGCCAAUCGAGUGCAGGCAGACCUGAUACUUAUCGGAUAUGCUGGGGUGUGGAUCCCGUGACUGCAUCAGACUACAAGGUGGAUGUGGGAUUCUUUUACUUUCAUGAAGUCCCCGAUGGCUGUACCCCAGGUGUCUUUUCCUACACCUGCUCCUCACCUCGUUGA